AUGGUGCGCCGGGCCUCGCCGUUCGGGCGCCCUGCCAUCGGCGGCAACGCCAGCUUCGAUCUCCUAACCUCCAUGGACACGUCCAACGGUAAAGUGGAGGUCGCCGCAGCGUACGCCACCAACGGACCGUACCUUGGCGCUCGAGCAGACGUGCCAUACCGUCCACCCUGA